AUGGCGGCACGGGCUCCGGCGGGGGCCCUGGCGCUGGCGUUCUGGGGCUGGGCUUUGGCUCCGGCGGGGGCCGUGGACGCCAUGGGCCCUCACGCGGCCGUCCGCCUGGCCCAGCUGCUAACCCCGGAGGAGUGCGGCCACUUCCAAUCGCUGCUGAAGGCGCCGGAGCCGGACGUCGAGGCUGAGCUGGCCAGGCUUUCGGAGGACCAGCUGGCUCAGCCCGAGCCUGUGCCCACGUCGGCGAUGCCAGGCCAACGGCGGCGGAGGCGCGAGGCAGCGGGGAAGCCGGCGGCCGAGGCUGCCGACGUGUCCGACGGCUGCCGGGAGGGUCUGGCGGCCUGGCUGGCUGCCGAGGCCCCGUCCUUGUCGUGGGACCGCGUGGCCCGGGCCCUGCGGCGCAGCGGCCGCCCAGACGUGGCCCGGGAGCUGGGCAAGAACCUCCACCAGCAGGCAACGCUACAGCUGCGCAAGUUCGGGCAGCGCUACAUGCCCACAGCCGACGCCCCCGCUGUCCCCGCCCCGGCCCUGCGUUCCCGCCGCUCCUCGGUUCCCGAGCCCGACUGGGACAAGCUGGAGCUGAUCGUGGAGCGACUGCCCCAGGGGCCGUAUCAGCGGAGCCCCGCGGGCUGGGCCGGGCCGCUGGCUCUCGGCUUCCUCACCGGCUUCGGGGGGGCGCUGGGCGUCGGGGCGCUGCUCAUCCUACUCAUUCCGUGGAUCACCGGCGGCGAUGGCGACUGGGUGCGGCUGGGCAGCCCCCGGCCGCCGACCCCGCCCCUGCUUCGGUCAGCCAGGGCUCCUGGCUGUGGGGAAGCGGAACCACUCUUGACUGCAGAGCCGCUGGCGUCCCCGGCGGCCUGGGCUGCAGGGGGGGCCCAUACCUCCUUGCCUCUGUGA